AUGCCACUGAACACGCAGGAUCUCCCUGCUGCUUUUGGGCAGACAAACAGCACCGACCUCUUGCGCUUGGUCGAUUGGAUGGAUGAGGCUGCUUCGUGGGCAUCGACGCAAGGUGGCACGGAAGCUGAGUGGCUUUGGCACUGGGCCACAGCAGAUGCUGGCUCCUUUGGGGCGAUCCUGGACACGUGCAAGUCACGCGCCGGAGCCUUUUCGCGUCAUGAAUGGCUUUGGCAUUGGUGCUCGUACCUUAUGGUCAGCCCCAGCGCCCAUACGGCUUCGAUGGUUGUUGCCACGCUUUGGAUGUCGGAAGCUUUAGCGCGAGCCCAGAAAACCUCCUCCUCUGCGGCAGAGUGGCUUUGGUUUUGGAUGGAGGAGAGCACCACAUACGACUUUUCCGAGAUCCUUGACCUUGCCCACGCCAUGGGGGGAAGCCAGAACUACAGCAGGGAGGACACGGGCGCCGCUAGUCAGUCCUCUGGCUCUGGCUCUGGCACUGGCAUCCGUACUUUGGGCUCCUCGCAGCAGACCAUCGUAGUCGAAAAGCUGGUGAGGACGAUCGGGGAUGCUUGGGACUGCUGCUGUGUGAAUGCCUCUGUAAUUGCAACCUUUGCUUUGUACUUGCAGCAUUAUGUCUUGCUCGCCCAGGUCAUGGCAUCGACUCAUCUCGCGGAGGAUGGGGGCCCACAACCUCAGUCACCUUCCAAAGGCACUGCACAUCUCUCUGAGCUUUGUGCUGCUUUGGAUGUUCACAUCCCUGCUGAGCUUUCUUUGCAUGAUGAGUUUGAUCGCACUGCUCGCAAUUUUGGCAUGGUGGCCACCUCCUUUGCACAGCUUGAUGAGUGGAUGCACAAACUGGCUUUGAUACCCAACCAUCACAAGUCAUCGGGGAUAUUCGCCUGCUUUGGGCAACCAGCAGGGGGCGAGAACACAGGGUCGGCGCAUCCCAAGCCUUUGGCAACCGCUUCUAAUCAGUCUUCUUGGUCCGACACCUUCCCGGCUAAGCUCUCUUCUGAAGUGACUUUGCAGCUUCGCCAAUCUUUUCUGCAAAAGUAUCCUUCUGAAGUCUUAGACGAUGCUUCCAUGCCUGGAGCCCGGCUUUUGGCUUUGGCUUUCAAGCAAGCUUCGCAGUCUGAGUGGAAAUUCAUCCCUUGGAAGUGGAGGAUGUCUGUCACUGAGCCUGAGGAACAGCAGGUUACGAGGCCGAAAAAGGUUCCCAGGGUGGAUUUGGCCGAGCUUUUGCUGGACGACAUACCUUCCCGUUCUAUCCCCGAUACUUUGGGAAUGUUCGCUCUGAGCAAGAUUCUUCGAUUGCACAGUGUGGCCAUGGCUUUGGUGACUGAUGUACACUUGGUCACACUAAAGGCCUACGAGGCCCGCUUCCUCAAGGUGGCCGGUGCAAGGUUUGAAUCCAACUCGGGGCUAAGGGCGCCCAAUGCUUUGGAGUGUGAGCAGGCCGACAGGAGAUUCUGGGAAAGUGUCUCUGAGCUCCGCAUUCAAGGUUGGGCUUUGGACGACUGCAUCCAUGAGUGUUCCACUGUGCGGUCAGAGCUCCUGGCUUUGCUGUCCCCCAGGCCUUUCAUUGCCAAAGCCUUUCGGAAAGGGGAAGGCAAAGGCAAGUACUCUAACCCUCCUCCCCCACCCCGUCAGCCGGGCAGGGGAAAAGGUGCCAAAACGGGCGCCACUGGCGCUGGCACCGAGAACAAGCAAGAGCGGGUUUCCUCAGCCACUAUAGACGGUGAAGUUAAGACUUUGUGCAUGCGCUGGAGCCAGCGCACUGGUUGCCGCAACCCCACCUGUCGCUUUGCGCAUAAGUGUCCAGUCAAGCUUUCCAAUGGCAAGGUUCCGGAGUCCGGUCUGUCCACCUCUCCCCCCAAGCUGGCUCUCAGCCAUAGGCCUUUGGACGAGCCUCCGCCUUUUUCCUCACCGGCUUUUACUCCGGGGGGCGGGCCUUUGCAAGUCCGCUCAUUGGACAACCAGCCGAUUUCUCCGGCAGAGUCAUCCUGCACUGACAAGCAUCCCCCUUGCGCUUCGGCCACCACUUGUCACACGGCUCCCGCCGAUGAAUCACCUCUUUUACUGUUUUCAGCGGGGUCUCCGCUCGACGACUUGGGAGCUCAGUCUCACUCUUUGGACGAGGAGGACCUGAGUCAGCACACUCUUCCUCCGCGUUCGUUACUUUCAUCUUCGGUGCAGGCGCUGCAUGCAGCCUUGCCCCCUUCGAGCGCCCCCUUUUUCCUUCACAUAUGUUCGGGCCGAUCCUUGCCCUUGGGGAUGGCUUUCCAGCACAUAGGGGUAGAUGUCCUCGAGGUGGGCCUCAGCGUCUCUCAGGACUUGGAUCUUUGUGACGACACCUUUUUUGAGCAGCUUUUGCGCAUCUGCUGCAGCAGAUCUGUGUUCCUCGCACACAGCUCCUCCGCUUCAGAGGGGUUUGAAAGCUUGAGGUCUUGGACUGGCCCCCCGCUUCAGGCGCUUUCCCAGGCAGACCUUCUACCUUUGCACGCUAAAGACACAGGACUGGCCUUGAAGGUCCAGGAAGCUCACCUGCGUCAGGUGCGCUGUGUCCAGGCGCUGCGUGCGGCGUUCGUAUCUGGCGCACAGGUUUCUUUGGAGCAAGACGCGCAUUGCAAAUCGUGGCUGGAACCUGCUUCUUUGCAUUUCCUUAAGGAAAUCAAUGCCGAUCUUGUUUGUGUUGCAGCCUGUGCACUCGAGAUACCAGACCACGAGGCGGGCUGGCUUUUUGCGACAUCUUGGAGGCCUUUUCAGGAACUUGCCUCUUCGUGCGUGCAUGACCAUGAGGCCUCCCGUGCUUUGACAGUUCCCUUGUCGGAACGCAGCAGACUGUUCGGAGAGAAGAGUCGAACCCUGGCCUCAGCAUACGCGGCCUUGGCCUUGCCCUUGUUUCCUGCGUCAGCGUCGGGUCCAGGACGUUCACUAGAUUUCCAGAAUGCACCUUUGCUCUCAGAGACAAAAGGAGUCAGUGACGCACCCGUAUCGGUGCAGGGGGGAGCGGGCAUCUUCUCCCUCCCAGACUGGAGCGUGCCCCAGCAAGGAAUCCCUGACUGUUUCCACGACUUUCGGAGCACCUUGCAAGCCUUUCUGCUCAAACGGCAGCAUCCCAGGCGCUUACGGGAACUUCUGAUGUCCGGGUCCGCUGAGUUGCUCUUUUCAGACGCGGAUGUGGCAGCUUUGCGUCAGGACUUUGCAUCCUGGGCUGCAAAAACAAGACCUGACCUCCAGUGGGACUGGGAUGGACACGACUCGACUUUGUUCCCUUGUCUCCUCUCCGGAGUUCCUACGGGCUUUGAUGGGGAUAUCCCCAUGUCCAAUGUGCUCAUCCCUCAGGGCACCGACCACCCCUUUGAGCAAUCUGUGCACAUAUGCCACGGCAAUUGGUCCAGUGCCGACAGUGAUUUGGACACUUUGACGUCGUUGGUAAAUGAUGAGAUUGCGAAGGGCUGGCUGUUUGAGGGUUGCCGGGAGUCAGCCUCCCACGGCCGAAUCACGAGCAACCAAGACUCCUUAUUUAUCGCGUGUGCCCCUUUGGAGCGAACUUUUCGGCACUUUGGUUCCAACGCCUGGGGGACCUUACACAUUUGGGUGUGGGUUCGACACGCCCUCUUUGGAUAUGUGGACGACUUUAUGCUUGUGCAGGAUGAUGAGGUCAUCUGCCUAUCUGCAGCCAUGAUAUUAGCCUUUUGCCGUAUGUUCUGCAUACCAAUCAGUUGGUCGAAGCUCCAACUAAAAAGUUCGGUACUUUGGAUAGGCUGGCAUUUUGGCUUUGCCUCGGGCACCUUUUGCAUCCCGGAAGAAAAGGUCACGAGGCUCAAGCAAUUACUCCUUCAGGCACUUUCAGGUCGCCACACCUCCAAAAAUACUUUGGAAAAGGUCGUAGGCCUUCUGCAGUGGUUUUGUAAGUUGCACAAAACUUUCAAGCCGUGGCUUUGCACGUUGUACGGUGACAUGCAUCGCCCCAUGGCCACAAACUGCAGCAUCGACCCAGGCAGUUGGAAAGGACUGUCCGCCUUUCUGGAUGACAGUUUGACCUUUGUAUCUCGCCCUCCGGGGCUUGCCGUGUCGCCGGGCACCAAACUGAUCGAAGCCAGGCAUGUGCCCCUUAAAUCCAAAGAAGACUUGGGCAAGGUUGCAACCUCGAAGCGCAUUUGGAUGAGGGUAGCUGACCCCUCAACUCAACGUCGCAAGCUUUGCAAGGCUAGCCGGGAUAGUCUCUUGUUUUGGCAGGAUUGGUGCGCCAGACCGCAACUUCCCAUGCCUUUGCAAAAGCCCCCUCUGGUUGACUUCGUGACGGCCGCAGCAGAUGCCAGAGGCGACGGCGAUAUUGUAGGCAUAGGGGGUUUUCUGGACUUUGGAAAAGGGCAAGUAGUUGGGUUCUCGCAAACUUGGAGACUGUGCGACCUGGCAUGUUUGGGAUUGCCUUUGCAAAUGCCAGCUCAUCGUGACAUCACCUGCUACGAAACUUUGGCACAAAUGGGCCUGAUACUGUGCCUUCGCAGUGUUGUGCCUUGUGCCCGUUGGCAGCUUCGGCUACGCACCUUCUCCGACAAUUCGGGCACCGAGGCUGGUGUGAACAAGCUUUACAGUUCCAGCUUUCCCUUGUCGGCCUUCCUUCAAAGACUUUGCAUGCUGGCUUGCUCAACCGGCAUUGCACUGGAUGUCUCCCAUAUACCCGGGGAGAAAAACGACGAGGCGGACAUGCUUUCUCGAUGGACAGACGAGUCAGUACCUUUGCCUCCCAAGUUCGACUUGGCCAAUCGAGUGGAUUGCAGUCUGGAACGUCUUUGGCACUUCCGCACAGACAUUCGUCUGUGGCCUCCUUGCGCUUCUUUGAAGUGGCGGCACCCAUAG